GCCUGCUGAAAAUGACUGAGUAUAAGCUUGUGGUGGUCGGAGCUGGUGGCGUAGGGAAGAGUGCCUUGACGAUACAGCUAAUUCAGAACCACUUUGUGGACGAGUAUGACCCGACGAUAGAGGAUUCCUACAGGAAACAAGUAGUAAUUGAUGGAGAAACCUGUCUCUUGGAUAUUCUCGACACAGCAGGUCAAGAGGAAUACAGUGCAAUGAGGGACCAGUACAUGAGGACUGGGGAGGGCUUUCUUUGUGUGUUUGCCAUAAAUAAUACUAAGUCAUUUGAAGAUAUUCACCAUUAUAGAGAACAAAUUAAAAGAGUAAAAGACUCUGAAGAUGUGCCUAUGGUCCUAGUAGGGAAUAAAUGUGAUUUGCCUUCUAGAACAGUAGACACAAAACAGGCUCAGGAUUUAGCAAGAAGUUAUGGAAUUCCAUUUAUUGAAACCUCAGCAAAGACAAGACAGAGAGUGGAGGAUGCUUUUUAUACAUUGGUGAGAGAGAUCCGACAGUACAGAUUGAAAAAAAUCAGCAAAGAAGAAAAGACUCCUGGCUGUGUGAAAAUUAAAAAAUGCAUUGUAAUGGGUGUUGAUGAUGCCUUCUAUACAUUAGUCCGAGAAAUUCGAAAACAUAAAGAAAAAAUGAGCAAAGAUGGUAAAAAGAAGAAAAAGAAGUCAAAGACAAGGUGUAUAAUUAUGUAAAUAGUUUGUACUUUUUUCUUAAGGCGUACUUAAGUAAAAGUGGUAAUUUUUGUACAUUACACUAAAUUAUUAGCAUUUGUUUUAGCAUUACCUAAUUUUUUUUCUGGUUGUGCAAACUGUCAGCUUUUAUCUUAAAUGCUUAUUUUGAAAUGACAGUGGACACCUUCUUCUCUCUAAGUGCCAGCAUUCCCUGGGUUUGGACUUAAACUAGCAAUGCCUGUGGAGAGACUGAAGACCUGGGACUCUGUCUUGGGGUUUUGGUGCAUGCAGUUGAUUCCUUGCUGGUUCUCCUACCAGCCGUGAACGUUGGUGUGAACCAGAGUAAUGAUGCUUUUGAACCAUCCCUGCUCCGUGUUCCAGCUAGUCACUAAGUGGAUCCAUUAGUAAUUACAGCUUCCUUUGAGAACUUGUGGUUGGUUCUCCUAAGACUGAGGGAUCACAGAUUUAUGGGCUUCCCUUGAUGCACUUCUAGCAUGUCCUAGAGUUUCUCAGCCUUCGUAAGUGUAGUUAGGCUGUUCACAAAGGCUUUCUCUAGCUUUCCACUGCUAUUAGUCUUGGUCACUCCCCCAAAUAGUAUAUUUUUUCUAGAAAAGGGAAAAAAAUGAAAAAAAAAAAGGCAAUGGAAAAUAUUGAAUAAAAGUCCAUUAAAGUUUCAUGUUAGCUAAAUUACUGUAAGAUUCCUGUAAUAGCUUUCCCUGGUAAGGCAGACCCAGUAUGAAAUAGUAAUGAUUUGGGCUAUAUUUACGUGCUACUAAAUUUUUGUAAUAAUUUAAAUAACUUCAACAUGUAUAAAAAGUUCUCAUAAAAAUUAAGUAUAACCCCCCUUUGUCAGAUUGUUCUUAUCCUAACUUUCAAGUCUUUUUUUUUGAGCUUAUGUUGUUGAAAGUAGUUUUAAUUCUGGUUGUGAAGCUGAAGAUGACUGGAGACAGUUGUAACUUAGCACGUGUUGAGGAGACCAGAGUUGUGAGGCUGGGUCCUUCGCGAACCUGUGGAGAGCAUGACUGCUGCUUUCAGUGCUGGCCAUGAUGCUUGGUGGGGUGGGGUGAGGAGACUCUGACAGCUAGUGCAGUGCAUUCUCACCAAGUCACAGACCUGCUGACAAACCGAGAGAUGUCUUUUCUUUAUAGUCAUAACAAAAUAACUGAAAAUACAUUUCAGUGUUACCUUCAAGGUUGAGAUUUGGGGGUAGGAGGCUAAAAGAGAGUAAAUCUUUAAAACAAUGAAGUAAGAAAGUUUGAAAAUACAGGUUUGACUAGUCUCUCAACUCUGGCUAAACAAAUAUUUCUUAAGUACUUCCCAAAUCUGAUAGGUAUUUAAAAAUAUCUGUCCAGUGCUUUAAGAAUAGAUAAGUUACCAGCAAAAACAAUCCCUUCAGUGCACUUAAAGCAUUCCUUCAGAUAUUUGAAAUGAGAUGGAAAUACCACUGGACCAUGAGGACUGGAUGUCUGUCUUUUAGAAGUCUGAAUUAGGCAAAUCACUGUCUACUUCAUGUAAAUCAUCUCAAAGACUCUAACUUCACAGCUGUGUAGUUUACAGUCCGUUUACAUACUGACACACCUAGUUGUCAAGCUCAGCACAGUCUGUAACUUUUACAUGGAUUAUCAUCUUCACUGCCAGUCUUGGGCAAAAUUGUGCAAGAGGUAAAGUUUAUAUUUUGGUAUCCAUUCUCCAAAUCAGGACUGCCCUCCAACAUUAGCUAGGCCUCCUGCCUGUCUCCCACAUGCCCAUGGCUUAGUGUAGUUUCCUUUAAAAGUUUUAAUUCCCCUCUUCAAGUUUUGUUUCUGCUGUGGAGAACGCCAUAAAUAUUGCCUACUAAGACAGGUACAUCAAAAUGGCCUUAUGGCCUUCCCUAGGACUUAAAAUAGUCCAAUAGACACCGUAGUGGGAUUUGAACUAAUAGCUGGUUUUCAGGGCCAACACGGCAAUUCAUUCUUGAUCCUUUGGACUUCCUUUUUGCUGCCUGGUCCACCGGUGCCUAAGCAGAAGCUUUUAAAUUUAGUGUGCACAGACAGAAGCGAGUCCAGUGGAAGGGGAGCUUAAUCUCCAUCCAGCUAUCAUCCUGAUGAGUAGAUCCCAUUGUUUGAAUAAGUUCAGUGUAACAGUGGGAACAAUGCAAAGUUUCAACCAGAAAGCUCGCUUUUUAAACCAGAAUUUGUUUACUCAGCAUUUAUUCAGUGCUUGUCAUGUUCUGGGUGCCACACUAGGCUCUGGAUAUGUGCUGUCCCCAAGAAGGGACACAGUCUUAGGCAGUGGUAUUGAGCACGGUCUGAUAUCAUAGUAAGGCCUAUGGCAUGUGACUUAGAAAUAAUGGAGUGUAAGACUUUAGUUUUGCAGAGUGGGGUUUGGGCUCCUAAUUUUUUUAUUUUUUUCUCAGCUCAGCAAGAAUUGUUUGGUAUGAUUCCAAUGCAUCUCUUUAAUCAAACUACUUUAUAUAAUCAUUUCAUUUUUCCAAUGGAAUAGAUAUCCCCUAAUCUAUUUUUCUGAAAUGUUCUAAACUAUAUUCAUAGAAUAAUUCUUUGGGUGGAUAUUACAUCUUAGUGCAGUUAGUUAGUUAGUACCUCCCAUUUCUACACCGAGGAACAGGUGUACUUAAGGAGCUGCAGUGCGUCAUCAGAUAUUUUUAGUGUUUCUUGGCAUUGAGUUAAAGUAGUGGUGAUUAGCAUUACGUAAAUUUUGAGUUCUGUUACACUUUUGUUAACAAAGGUUUUUGUAGUGAUUUAAAGGGAAAGAAUCCUAGAAACAUAUUAUCUAGUUGCUAUAGCCUUAAAGUCCUUGUUGAAGUUGAAAACCAACACUAAAUUACAGUCAUAGGCAUUAACACACUUGUGGGAAGAAUAUAACAGUCAAAUACAAUUUGAGCAAAUAUUUUCAGUCAGGAAUUCUAGGCUCUAUUGACUGAGUCACACUGCAUAAGAAAUUAGAUCUUAACUUUUACAGGUUAUCAAGACCUUUGCCACCAUUGCACAAUUUUGUCCUAACAUGCAUACAUGUUCUGUGAGGCAUGUCAGAAGUUACAGUUUGCACAAAUUCAUCUCAUUUUGUACUCCACUGAUUUUCAUUUUUUUCCCCAAACAAUAUGCAUUUAGAAAGGGUUUUUUUUUGUAGGCAAUAAAAAUUUAAAAGUAAUCUCCAUUUGUUAAAAAAAUAGUGGUUUCUUAAUAACUGUGUAGUCAUUUUUUAAAGCCCAAAAGUUACUUUAAAGGUGAAUUUAUACUUAAUAACUUCUGUGUAAUACUGGUUAGCAUGAAUUCUGCAUUGAAAAAUUGAACAGAUAUACCCAGUAGCUGUAAAAAUCUGUCAAAAUAUGAAAUUAUUUCUAAAGAAGUACAUUAGUUUUCAAAGAAUAGUUAUUAGAUUGAGAUUUGUGGUUUAGUUUAAUAGUUUGAAGUGCCUGCUUGGGAUGGUGGUAGGCAUUUUAGAUGAAUUUGGGAAAAGGAAAGUUAUCUGCAAAAAUGCCAGUUUCAGAUCAGCCAUCCCCAACCAACCGAGUGGGCUGUGUGCUGUUCUAUCUCCAGGCCUCCAGCUCCGCUGUCUCCUGUCUUCUUGUUGGAAACACGUCUGCAUUUUUAUUUGAGUGCCAAUUUCUCACUAGUGCUAUUUCUUAAUGUAACAUGUUUACCUGGAGUGUAUUUUAACUAUUUUUGUAUAGUGUAAACUGAAACAUGCACAUUUUGUACAUUGUGCUUGCUUUCUUUCUUUUUUUCCUUUUUUUUUUUUUUUUUUUUUUUUUUUUUUUUUUUUUUUUUUUUUUUUGUGGGACAUAUGCAGUGUGAUCCAGUUGGUUUUCAUCCUUUGGUUGCGCUGACCUAGGGAAUGUUGGUCAUAUCAAACAUUAAAUUUAAAAAUGACCACUCUUUUAAUUAAAAUUAACUUUUAAAUGUUUAUAGGAGUACGUGCUGUGAAGUGAUCUGAAAUUUGUAAUAUUUUUGUCAUGAACUGUACUGCUCCUACUCAUUGUAAUGUAAUAAAAAGUUAUGUGACUAUGAA